AUGUGGCGCAAGCGCAAACUGUCCCCCUACCAAGACAACAACCACAGCACCUUCUCACGGAAGAAACGCUGGAAAGAGAACUAUACCAUCGAGUCGAGCGACGACUCCGACAACUACGACCACGAGAGCAAUACCCUGGACGACGACGAAUACUAUAUCAACUGUAUACUCGAGGAGACGGAGUCUCAAUACCUGAUUGAUUGGGAAGGACCUUGGGACCCCACUUGGGAACCAAAGGAGCACGCCAACGCACUUGCUGUUGAGACCUGGGAAAGGAACAAGAACAGGAACAAGCAGGAGAGUUGCGCUCAGAGUGAAUACACACAACCGAGUAAUACUCCACCGACGCAGUUGUCUUCCUCCCGCUCACAGACGCACAGCGCGGAGCAGCUGGUUACCGACCCUGUUGUCUCUGAAACCUCUCCGGAGCACACAAACAACGACCCCGGUUCGCCUUUGUUUGUCCCCUGCGACGGUACACCGGACUUGCAGGUUGCGGAGGCGUACGGCUCGGCUUCAACAAGCCAAUCGAAUACACCUUAUUCAGCACAACGUGAGAACAGUCUGCGAGCUUCAUUACACGCCCGCCAGUUGCAGGUCUUCCAAGAAGUGCCUGCAACACCCGUUCCCGCUGCACUCCGCUUGCCUGGCGAGUUCCUUGACUCUCGAUCCGUAGAAUAUCUGCCAACGGUAACCCCUGCCGCCAACUGCCAAACGUGGGAAAGCGUGAGUGUUGUGAGUACCGUCCCGCGCGAGGGACUCUAUCAAAGCACUGUCGGCUCUUCUGGAUCUCAGCGGCCGGUAAGUCGGGUAGCAGGCAACCACGCGAGCGCCUUGGAUGAAAUACCGGAGACGCCAUUGGGACCUUUCAGUAACUCUGAGAGUCAAACGGCGCGUCCAGCUCCCACAUAUAAUAGCGCAAGCUCGCAGUACGCAACAAAUUCGGCCAAGAACCCUCCAAGCGCAAGUACGCCGGUCUCGCAGCAGUUUUCAUCACUUCAUUACUUGUCGCAAGGUAGUACUAGCGCUGGUCGCGUAAUUUCUCUACCAGAGCCAGUAACUGCGCGUGUUUCGCAAGCUACGAAGGUCUUUUUUACUAGUAAGCCAAGCUGCAGAAUCGCCUCUGUGACAGAACGGAAAUCAUCUGUGCAGAUGGAGGGUCAGGACAAAAAAGGUAUGUCUCUAGCGGAGACGAUGGAAAAAUACAGCCAGUUUGAAGGGAGCACUCCGCGAGAGAAGCUCCGGAAUGCAUAUGCCCAGCUGCGAGCGCAGAGUACGGUACCACCGGAGCCAAGCGCCACGCCAUCUUCGGUGGGUGAGGCUGGCGACAUCGAACCAUCGCCCGUCGCUUUGCCCGAAACCGCCGCCCCACUCAGCGUGAGGAUCGACAAACCCUCGGCCAUUCAUCCUGAACAUCAUUCUCCCGUAGAACCCCCGCCUGUCAUCCCCUCGCCACCCCUGGAACCUGCACACAUGGACCCCGCGCAGCUUCACGAUAUACAACACGAUAUGCAACACGAUGUCCAAACUAUUCAGCCGCAUGCAUUGUCAGUCGAUCAUACCGAGGAGUCGAUUCCAGGAUCUGUCCUGCUUGGUCCAUCGGAGUUUGCCAUCUCGCUCCCUAUGGACUCGAGGGUCAAGGAUGAUUACGAGAAAGUCCUGACGGACGAGAGUGAUUCCAUCCAGGAAUUCAUCAAUGGCACUAGCACACAAGCAGACCAGCGCGUGCGACUGCUGCCAAAAAUAAGAGAGGUGUUAGAGUGUCUGAGUAAUGUCGCCACCCAUCCAGACUUGAACGUCGCAAAACAUCUUAACGACUCGCAAGCGGACCUGCGGCAAGAGGCUUCCUGGGCGGAGUACUCGAGUGCCAAGUUCUUGCUUCUCUCCUAUCUCGUGGGGUCUACAUGUGAUCGUGAUAUACACUUGGUCAUCAUGGUGAAUGGCGAAAAGACCCAGAACGUGGUCGAGCGGUUCCUGCUCGGCAAAGGCCUCGCAUACACCCGCCCGCGCGAGGAGAUGGGCCCUGGCACGAAUGUUGAAGUGUCUCUGGCCAAGGGCCCGCUGAGCUUUGGGGUUCAGUCAACCCGCAAUGAUGGCAUCGUGGAGACCUACAAAGCCCCUUCUGCAAUCAUCGCCCUGGACGCAUCGUUUAACACCAAGAUUCCCUCGGUUGAACACAUGCGGACCACAUUUGCUCGACACGGGCAUCUGCUUCCCGUCAUCCGUCUGAUCGUGUCCAAUUCCAGCGAACAUAUCGAGCUUUGCUUCUCCAAUUUGCCCGAGCUCCAGCGUGUGCGUCUGUUGUUGCAAUACACCACGCGUCUGCAGAACGCGGUUGGCGACCUCCAGGAUGAUGCGCUUGGGGUAGCUGAAGACGCAGAAGAGCUUGUGUCGUAUCUGUUGUCAGACAACUUCAACGCGCACUGGUCGCUACCGCACAUUGCGCCUCUGCACAUUGUGGAUCUGGAAGCACUCCAACCCGUCCCUGAGGAGCCACCUAGCCGGCCGGAUGUUGAGAUUCCCCCCAUGGCUACGCCUCUCCUGCAGAAACGAGCAUUCACGGAAGACUCCAGCGAGCAAACAUCCAAGCGGCCCAGGAUGGAGGAACCGCAAGAUGCCAGCCAACUCACCGAGUCGACCAAAUUCCCCAGCCAGACCCUCGACGGCGAGCUCCGAUCACUGGAGAGCAACCUCGUUCAGUUCCGCAGUUCGCACGCGAACGAAGUCCAAAGACUUCAAAAGACGCUCGCUGAAACCCAGGCCCGCCUGCAAGAACGAGACCAUGUCCUCCAGCAACUGCAGCACCGCUAUGAGACGCGCACCCGGGACUUCCACAAGCUCCGCCGCGAGAGGGACAAGCUGGUCGAAGCCAAGACCCUGGCUGAGCAGCGCAGCGAGAAGAGCAAAGAGGAGCUGAGCAAGAUCAAAGACGAGCGCACGCAGCUGCGGCACGAACUCGAGCAGGCGCGCGCGGCCCUGAAAAGCGACGCCGGCAGCAUGACCGCGGAGCUGGAGACGGCUCGCGAGGAGAUCCGCCGCCUGACCAAGGAAAACAGCGGGCUGGAGCGCAAGGCGGACUACGAGGCCAAGCAGACCGAGUACACGCGCGAGCAGUACCAGACCGCCUCGAACGUCGCGGCGCAGUCCAGCAACGAGAACCGCCAGCUGCGCGACGAGAACGAAACCCUUAAGCGCAAAGUGGCCGGCGACGCCAGCCGGCUCCGCGAACUCAACCUCCAGCACGACGAGGCCCGCCACCUGGCCCGCACCCUGGAGCUGGAGGCCGCGCUCGCCUCGCGCGAGGAUCUCCUCCGCCGGAAGGAGGAGGAGCUGCGCGAGAUCCGCAAGAACCGGCCCUCGACCCGCUCGACGAGCACCCAGCCGCGCAGUCCCAAAUGGACGGCCAGCCGGCCCACCAGCCCGGGCAUCAACAACCACGGCGGUAAUGGAUCGUCGUUGAACACGCGGGGCAGUGCGCUACGCUUCAGCUCGGAGAUGACCUUUUAG